UGUGCAGGCGAGGGGAGGGGCGGGCGUCGGAACUCAGAGGUGGGAGGCUCUGUGGUCCGCAGCACAGUGCUCGGGCUAUCGCCUGCGCACGCAGCGCAAUCCACUGCGCCGGCGCGGCCCGCGUGGGUCCGCGAGCGCGGAGAAGGGGUGCAGUGGGGUGGGUUGCGUUGGGUUGGGGCGCCCCCCCCCCAUGCGGCUGGCGGGCGGGCCUCCGGAGGCCCGGGCGGUUGGGACGGCGGGCAGGAAAGAUGGGGCCUCCGAGGCGCUAGCCAGCUCCUUCAGCGUAGGGCGUGGAGCAGUGGUUUUCUGGAGAGGCCCAUGUGAUGGUGCCAAGAGGAAGAAAGCGCCUUGACAGCGCCUCAGUCGGAACCCAGGUUCCGAGGCCAAGGAAGACCGGGGACGGCUGUCCUGGCGAGCUGGCCGCUGGCCGGGCGAGCAGUCACAAUAGGAGGCGGCGGCCCGGCCCGGAGCGGCGGGAGCAGCCCCGCAGGGCGGAGCCUCCCCUCGCAGAGUGAAGAUAGUCCAAGUCCUAAGAGACAGCGCCUCUCUCAUUCAGUCUUUGAUUAUACAUCAGCAUCACCAGCUCCCUCACCACCAAUGCGACCAUGGGAGAUGACAUCAAAUAGGCAGCCCCCUUCAGUCCGACCAAAUCAACAUCACUUCUCAGGGGAACGAUGUAACACACCUGCACGCAACAGAAGGAGUCCUCCUGUUAGGCGUCAGCGAGGAAGAAGGGAACGUCUGUCUCGACAUAACUCCAUUAGUCAAGAUGAAAACUAUCACCAUCUCCCUUAUGCACAGCAGCAAGCAAUAGAGGAACCUCGAGCCUUCCACCCUCCGAAUGUAUCUCCCCGUCUGUUACAUCCAGCUGCUCACCCACCCCAGCAGAAUGCAGUCAUGGUUGAUAUACAUGAUCAGCUCCAUCAAGGAACAGUUCCUGUCUCCUACACGGUAACCACAGUGGCACCCCAUGGGAUCCCACUCUGCACAGGCCAGCACAUCCCUGCUUGCAGUACACAACAGGUCCCAGGAUGCUCUGUUGUUUUCAGUGGACAACACCUCCCUGUCUGUAGUGUGCCUCCUCCAAUGCUUCAGGCAUGUUCAGUCCAGCACUUACCAGUACCGUAUGCUGCGUUCCCACCUCUCAUUUCUAGUGAUCCGUUUCUUAUACAUCCUCCUCAUCUUUCUCCCCAUCAUCCUCCCCACUUGCCACCACCGGGCCAAUUUGUCCCUUUCCAAACACAGCAGUCACGAUCGCCUCUGCAGAGGAUAGAAAAUGAAGUGGAGCUCUUAGGAGAACAUCUUCAAGUAGGCAGUUUUACUUAUCCCCCUUCGGCCCAUCCCCCAACAUUACCUCCGUCAGCUCCUUUGCAGUUCCUGACACAUGACCCUUUGCAUCAGGAGGUGUCUUUUGGAGUACCUUAUCCACCAUUUAUGCCUCGGAGACUCACAGGACGGAGUCGAUACCGAUCCCAGCAGCCAAUGCCCCCUCCUCCUUACCAUCCCAGCUUACUACCAUACGUGUUAUCAAUGCUUCCAGUACCUCCUGCAGUGGGCCCAACUUUCAGCUUUGAAUUGGAUGUGGAAGAUGGAGAAGUUGAAAAUUAUGAAGCCCUGUUAAACCUGGCAGAGAGACUGGGAGAGGCGAAACCUCGGGGACUGACUAAAGCCGAUAUUGAACAGCUUCCUUCUUACAGGUUCAACCCUAGCAACCACCAGUCAGAGCAGACUUUGUGUGUAGUAUGCAUGUGUGAUUUUGAGUCAAGGCAGCUUCUUAGAGUCUUACCCUGUAACCACGAGUUCCAUGCCAAGUGUGUUGAUAAAUGGCUUAAGGGAAAUCGUACUUGCCCAAUUUGCCGAGCUGAUGCUUCAGAAGUGCAUCGGGAUUCAGAGUGACCAGCCUAAGAGCACAAAUUGAGUUUGGGUGUUCCUCAUCACAUGUAUAUAUGGACUAUCCAUUGAACUCAACCUGUGUGGCUUCCAGCCCUCCCUUUACCAAAAGGGUCAAUGGACCUUUCUUUGCACUGUGUGACUUAAUCAACUAUAAAAGCUUACAAUUAGUCUUCACAAUUAUGGGAUUGUUAUACUAACUGUGUGAUUGGAACUCCAAAGACCUUUUCUUUAGCUUAAUUUUGUGUGUGCACUAACAUUCCCUGGUUUUUGUGUGAUCAUUCCGAGUGUUGCUGCAAGAUUACAGUGGACGUGAUCUUUUAGCAUGUGCUUUUAUAAAAAGUGGUAGCUCCAGAUGAUAUAGCAAUCUACCUUAUAUAGAGCCUUCAGAAACUGUGAGUGGAAGUGAGUGCAGCGUAUGACUGCUGGUGAUCAGUGAAUCUGUGAGAGAGUGGGCAACUACAUGUGUGGGGGCAUGGUAGCUACUGUGUGUGUGAGAUCCUAUAUACCAGCAUGUACCAAGAAUGUGUGUGUAGUUUUAAUUAUGCUGCAAUGUAUAAUCUGGUGUGUUAUUUAAACAGCACUAGUACUGUACACUGGUUUUCCCUUGUGUUUGCUGUUGCACACUGAUUGCUAAGGGUGCAUCGAUUCUAAGCAUUGAAUACUCCAUCCUCUUCCCUCCCAAUGAAUGGAACGAGAAAAGCCUUCCUUUGCUUCAGGCAGCUGUCCCCUUCUCUUCCUUGGUGAUCCUAAGUGGGUCACUUAAGAAAAAAGUAUCAGAUUCUCACUCCAUGACCUGAUUUUUUUUUAAAUUUUCAAUUCUAUUGUAAAAGAAACUUAAGUCUCCAACUUGCAAUUUCCAAAAAGAAGGUGCAAUAUCAUAUAUAUAUCGUCAUUAGCAAUAUUAGCAUUUCAGUCAGUGAUCUGAGUGUUACUUGCCUUCUCCUUACAUUUCUAGUAGCUUCCUUAUGGAAAGGGCCUGAGUUUUUAUUAAUGUAUAGAUUUAUGGUCUGUUCUGAGAAUGUUUGAGUAAUAUAUUUUUAAGAACACCACUGGUCCUAUGAGUCUCGCCUCCUUGACUUCUACUAGAGCAGAAUGUGUUAGCAACUCAGCCUGGUUCUGCUUUGUGAUUUUCACUCAGGCCUCCGUGGGCCACAACGGUUUCAAGAGGUGUUUGUUUCUGUGUUGAGUUCUGUGGCGUUAGUUGAGUUCACGCACUGCAGGCCUGAGGUUGUCUACUUCUUCCCUCAGUAAAGAUUCUCACUGAAACCUUUGUUUCAGAAUGGGUCAAGUGCAACGGCUCAUUUCUCAGGCCUGGUUUGCUUUGAUGUCUUACUCUUUUUCUUUUAAUUUAUGUUAGAAUGAGAAAAGCUUAAUACAACAGGUGCCCAGAAUACUUGCAGUGUAAAUGAAGAUUGGAUUUUUGUAUAAAAAAAAAUAAUAAUAAUGCUGUCAAAUGGGAAUUGACCUUUAUUUAAUCUGAAAUGAUACAUAGCUCUCUCUCUCUCUCUCUCUCUGUGUGUGUGUGUGUGUGUGUGUGUGUGUGUGUAUUUUUUAAAAAUAGGUUUAUUGAACAUAAAUCAGAUUGUUUGAGGUCAUUUUUCAGCAACAUUGGAUUCCUUUCUCAGUGUGCUCAGCCUUCUCUGCCUCUGUGAGUUGUUAGCAUGUGUGCAGCCACACAGGCUGCAGCCUUCCACUCGCAGCCGUGACACCUGGCUGCCAACCUCACUCAACUCACAGUUGGCGCCAGGCCUGUUUUUUACUCAGACAGGGACAGUGUUCAACUACUGCCGAGUUCCUUACCCUCCCUUGAAGUUUCUCUAAGCUUGUCACAGCCUAGAGUUCAGGAAAGUUAAUCCACACAGAAGCACAAUUUUGUCCUCUUCCAGACACUGUUGCCUCUGUCUAGUUAGACAAAUAGGAUUUGACCUACAUUCUGUUGCCCCUAGAUUUGUGUUAGUGUCGGAAACACAUAAACAGUGGUAAAAUGCACAUGUUACUUUUAAAUCAUUAGGAUAACCCCGUCUGCUUCCUAAUGAAUAAAAGGUGUGUUAAAUACCAAAAUUAUACUAAUUAUACUAAUCAGCUCCAAAUCACAUACAGUUUAAUCUUCAUUUUUUAAUUUAAAGAAAUCAUGUUUAAAAUGGUAAAAGUUCAUCUUAUAUAUAGACUUUUAUAUAGCUUCAAGAACUUUGUACCUGUACAGCUUUAACAUGACGCUGUUCCACUCAGCAUCCAUCCUGUUGAUGCACUCCCUAACUGCUGCAGACACACUGACUGCCAAGGCUCACUGUGCUCACGACUGGAAAGGAGCCUUUCUUUCUUCUAUCAGUGUUUGCCAUAAAGUCCCUUCCCAGUAGAUUUUUCUUUGCUUUUUUUUAAAGAAGCAGUUGGCAAUUUAGGAGGCUUCUGGGUCUGUCCUGGUAAAAUCCUGUUGUGCAGAUGACUGCUGUCUCCUGGAAAUGUCUCAGCACAGAGCUCUUGAGACAGUGCAGACCUGUUCAUGGAGGGGUUAGGCUUGUCGUAGGUGCACACUUGCAUGUGAUCUCCAGCUGGCCUUGGUGAGCGCCCUGGUGGCUAGCAGAUGAGGAAGUGCAGCUGUCCUGCGGCCAUCACCACUUAGGGGGAUGCACCAGGUGGCAGAGAAUGUGGGUAGCCUUCGUCCUCUGUGCUCCUAGAACAUGAGUGGCUUCACCAUCCUAACCCAGCUGUGGAGUUUUUGUAUGAUUUGGAUUUGGAGUUUUGUUUUCUUUUGGUUUGGUUUUGAUUUUGGUUUGGUUUGGGGUUGUUGUUGUUUUGUUUUGUUUUGUUUUGUUUUGCAUGAAUCACGAUAUUUUGUACUUUUAAAAACUCCAACCUCCACAAAACAACUCAAGGCCUGCAAGUAUCAAGAUGUCCUGAGAUUUUUUUUUUUUUAGCAGAAUCUGAAAUUAGAUUUUACACACUCCCUGAAAUGUAAUUUGCUAAUAUUUCUUAUAUUUGGGCUUCUUGUUAUAAGUUCACAUACAGUCUGCCUGCCUGCUUCUGAGAGUGUUUUCACAGUAUCUCCAGGCCUUCCUUAAGUCUGUCCCCCACGGUGCAUCUGCUUACCUCAUGUUCCUGUUUGUUUCAGAUUAUGAAAGCUCACAGGGGUGUUUGUUGGAAUCAUUUGCUGAGUUAUUUCCUCAAAUCAUAUUCCAUUGUGUCAGUUAACAUAUGUAUGUAUUAUAAAUAUCUGUAACCAAAAUCAUUUGAAGGCUUGAUAAAUUUUUAACAAAGUUUGUACAUUUUUUAUGAAAGUUACUAGUAAUGCUUUACUAAGUAGUGCAAUGAAUUUUUAUUUUUAAUCCCUGUGCCCAAUUUUGGAGUUGAGAGGGUUGUUGGUAAUAAAUGUAUGAUGUACACUUAAAACA